UUCUCCACCGAAGGGAUGGAGUCAUUAUAUCAUAUCAACUGUGUUAUUCUACCCAACGGUUACGAAGCAACUGCAGUAGUAAAGGAAACGUUUUAUACAUUGAAGCAGAAAACAAAUUUGUUAGGUUGGACGAACUGCUGCCCGCGACUGUCUACUACUUCAAAGUUCGAGCUAAAACCGCCACUGGGCCUG